UCAGUCAACGCGUGCAUCUCGAGUGUUAUUACGACCGAUCACGGUGCUCCAUCGCCAUGUUGGCUUAACCCAGGCGGCAGGCGCUUGACGUCAGCGGGCGCGUUAGCGGUGUGUGCAAUCGUGCGAACAACAAGGACCGAAGACGGACGGACGGAGAGAGACAACGCGCUCGAGUGCGCAAACUCGAAAGAAAGAAAGAGAGAGAGAGAGAGAGAGAGAGAAGAAAGGCGUGCGCGAUCGGCGACCGACGGUGCACGACGGUGUACGGCGGUGCAGUUGUCGACGGACGUGAAAGACGCAGGAUUGUGGUAUGUUGGCUCGCCUCGGCUCCGAAUUCUCCCGCAUCCGUAUGACGAUAUACUUAAUAUCAGUGUGAUUCAGUGGCGCUAGGCGCUUCGCGUCUUCUCUACUGGUAGAGGCGAGUGUGAGAAGAGAGAAAGAGAAGAGAAAAGAGGGAGAAAGAGAGAGUGAGAGAGAGAGAACGCGCUAUAUCGAACUCGGCGCACCCUUCGCGUUGCGUCGCGUGCGAGAAAAAAAGUCGAGAGAGAGAAAGAGAGAUAGCGAGAGAACGAAACGCGAUGGAGGUGCGACGCUGUCCGGUUUGACCGCUAGACGGCCUCCUCCAGCGUAUCCUCGCACUCGGCACUCCACGGCUCGCGACAGGCUCCUCCGGUUAUUCAGUGCGUUCCGCGCGCGCCAUGUGCCGCACCGUCGCCGCUCCGCGUGCAUCUCCACUCAGCGAAAGAUCAUCGUCGCGCGUAUCGCCGCGGUUCGAUAAGCGCUCCUCUGCGUAGCCGUGCGUUGUCGGCUCGGCCAGGACCCUCCCCUCUCUCCUCCACCUCCUCCCAAGCUAUGCGCUGCGCUCGUCAGUGCUCCUCGAUGCUGCUCCGCGUGUCCCCGUAGUGCUGGUGCGACGAGUGAAUCGUGAACUUCUGGCAUCGUCGUUCACGCUCUUUCCUUUCUCCGCCCUUGUAUUUUCGUUCGGCUCGCGAGCGGCGAGCCGUGGGCGAAGGUAGUGCGAGGAAAGAAGGGAAGAGAAAGAGGGAAGAAGAAAGAGAAAGGAGGUGUAGUCUCGAAGGAGAGAAAAGACGGCAAGUGCGACAAGUCACGAGAGUGCUAGACGAGCGGAAUCGACUCGAACGGGGUUCUCGGAGUAAUCGGUGAGCUCCAGCGAGCGAGCGAGCGAGCGAGCGAGAGAAAGAGAGAGAGAGAGAGAGAGAGUGAGAGCAAGAGACACACAAAACGGGAGGGAGCGCGAGUGGCGAGUAUCAAGAUGGCGCAUAAUUUGGCACCGAGCGUCAACUGCUCGCUCGACGACAUUGACCUGAACGCCCUGAAGGAGCCUGCUGGGAUCUUCGAGCUGAUAGAAGUGGUCGGCAAUGGAACGUAUGGCCAAGUUUACAAAGGUCGGCACACCAAGACCGGUCAGCUGGCGGCCAUCAAGGUCAUGGACGUCACGGAGGAUGAAGAGGAAGAAAUCAAGUUGGAAAUAAAUGUACUCAAGCGGUAUUCGAAUCAUAGGAAUAUAGCUACGUAUUACGGUGCCUUCGUAAAGAAGUCAUCACCCGGCAAAGACGAUCAAUUAUGGCUGGUUAUGGAAUAUUGCGGAGCUGGCUCCGUCACGGAUCUCGUCAAGUCAACCAAGGGCCAGAGCUUGAAGGAAGAGUGGAUAGCUUAUAUAUCGCGAGAAAUACUGAGGGGACUUAGUUAUCUUCAUAGCAAUAAAGUUAUCCACAGGGAUAUCAAGGGACAAAAUGUUCUGUUGACUGAUAAUGCGGAAGUCAAACUUGUCGAUUUCGGCGUCAGCGCACAAUUGGACAGGACGAUAGGUAGAAGAAAUACAUUCAUCGGCACACCUUACUGGAUGGCACCAGAAGUUAUUGCAUGUGACGAGAAUCCAGAUGCUACUUACGACAAUAGAAGCGACCUUUGGUCGCUCGGAAUUACCGCUCUAGAAAUGGCUGAAUCACAACCUCCGCUCUGCGAUCUACAUCCUAUGAGAGCGUUGUUUUUAAUUCCUCGUAAUCCACCGCCGCGGCUCAAGUCUAAAAAGUGGGCCAAAAAGUUUCACGGAUUUAUUGAAACGGUGUUGGUGAAGGAUUACCAUCAAAGACCAUACACGGAACAGCUCCUUAAACAUCCAUUUAUACGGGACCAACCUACGGAAAGACAAGUCAGAAUACAGCUUAAGGAUCACAUUGAUCGCUGUAAAAAGCGCAAGCAGGAGAAAGAAAGAGACGAUUACCGAUACAGCGGUAGCGAGAACGAGGAGGACGAACCGGCAUUGGCGGGCGAACCGUCAUCUAUAGUUCAAGCGCCUGGAGGUGAUACACUGCGCCGUAAUUUCCAGCAGAUUCAGGAAGGCAGAACUUUGACGCAGGAUGUACCUCCACAAGCGCCCGCCGCUAAAGAGAAGCCAGGAAGUAGAUCUCAAAGAGAAGUGCCAGAGCCCGGACCACCCGCGAGACCCGCUAUACCGCACAGACUCAUAGUGGUGCCCGAUCCGCAACCACCGUCUCGUCCAUUACCUCCGACACCUAGAGAUGAUCCUCGACAACCGCACAAAGUAUCUACGCCGCCUUCUAAUCAUCAGACACCUGGAGGGGGAUCCGGAGGGCAGCCCGCGCCUCAAAGGAACAGCGUUUUCAAGCCUAUGCUGCCGCCGAAGAAACCAGAGGACAUGGAGAUACUGGCUGCUCAACUCAUCGAGCUUGGUGUGUCACAGGGCCCCGAGGCCCCGCCAAGGCCAAACAGGCAACAUAAGGGCCCUGCAGCCUCGUCUACAUCGAAUUCGGUGCAGCCUGCAGGUGGUAACGAUCAGAACAACAAACAGAUGCCGCAAUCCUCCAGUAUUCUCGAUCAAGCUCUAUCAAUUGAGAGUGACAGCGAUGACGAUGAUGAUGCUGGUGGAAACAAUUUGAGGAACGACGGUACUUUGCUGGCUAGCGACCCGCCCAAGCCGCUUCCCGAAUUUUCUCCUUUCAGACCGUCGUCGGACUCGUCGUCGUCAUCUUCGCACAAUGCUCAAAACUCCCAUCACGAGGAUAAGCCGAAAGGAGGAGCACCGAAUCGUCCGCUCCCACCAACCCCCGAUGAGGAAGAAUCGGGAGACCGUACGCUAGUCAUGAAACGAAAACUUAGUCAGAUGUCAGACGAUCGUGCAACGGCUAGCGGCAACCGGCGUUCAGAGAUAGACGAGCAGCUCCUCCUGAAGGAGUGGGAUUUCACCCGCUUCUUUCAGGGUUUUAACGAAAAGUUGGAUAAAAUGAAACAGGAGCAUCAACAAGAGGCGGCCGGCCAAGCGAGCAAGUCUGGAUCCAACGAAGAUCGCUCGUCCUCGUCCAGCGAGAGAACGCUCAAGAGACAGGAGCAGUUAGCCCGAAGGAAACACGAGCAACAGCAGCAUCAUCAAAAGCAACAGCAGCAAUUGAAACCGAUUCACAGGCGGCAAGAGAGCGAUUCGAAGCUGGGCAAUGCGUCGAGCGCCUUCGCGCGCGCCUUUCGCCGCGAGAACUCGGACUUCUUCCCGUCCGCGAGGCACUCGGCGUACCUGCAGAAGUCGUCGGACUCGUCGAGAUCUAGUAUAUUCGCUAGCGGUAAUCGACGCGGUAGCGAAAUAAGCGUUGCCGGUAUCGUUGGUAAAAAAGGCAGUGCCCUCAGCUCCGGGGAGCCGGUCCUAACGGAUUUCUCGUUGUGCCGCGACGUUGGGCCUCAGAGGCCCAGGAGAGAAAAGACCGAGAGCGAGAUCGUCUUCGGUAGUAGGCACGAGGCGAGGAGGUACGAUUUCGGACGCAAUAAAGAGAACGAGAACGCAAGAAGACGCAGUUGUAGACCCUCGGACGCUACGGCGUCCGCCGUGGUCGAAGAUGCGGGAACGAUUAAGUCCACGGCCAGUACGACGGCCAGCGAAUACAGCCCCGUUGUUACCCAGAAUCGCGAGGGCGACCGUUCAAGAGGCGGAGGUGAUUUCCAGAGAUCGGACUCGUCCCCGGGUUCACGGCCCAGCUCGGUCUUACCGGAUCUCCUGACUUCUUCGCCGGGCCAACGGCAGGACAAGUCAACUAGCGAGGAGUAUCGACAAGCGGUGAAAUCACCUCCUCCGUUUGCGCUUCAACAGAAGCAGCGGUCAUUCCUGACCUUUGGAUUCGGAGCCGGUCCAGCGAGGAGAGAGUCCCACGUGAACGUUAACGUGACUCCGACCAGCCACGAUUUAGCAUCGGACACACCGGAGAUACGCAAAUACAAGAAGCGUUUCAACAGCGAGAUCCUCUGCGCCGCGUUAUGGGGUGUAAAUCUAUUAAUUGGAACCGAGAACGGCUUGAUGUUAUUGGACAGGAGCGGACAGGGUAAGGUUUACCAGUUGAUCAGCAGAAGGCGUUUCCAACAAAUGGAGGUCCUCGAGGGUCAAAAUAUCCUGGUUACGAUCAGCGGUAAGAAAAACAGAGUGCGCGUCUACUAUCUUUCUUGGUUGAAGAGCAAAAUUCUGCGGACGGACGGUCACAGUGACCAAGUCGAGCGACGUAACGGUUGGAUCAACGUUGGCGAUUUGCAGGGCGCGGUGCAUUUCAAAAUAGUGAAAUACGAAAGAAUAAAGUUCCUCGUGAUCGCACUGAAAGAUUCCAUAGAGAUUUACGCCUGGGCGCCAAAGCCGUACCACAAAUUUAUGGCCUUCAAAUCUUUCGGCGAGCUCGCGCACAGACCUCUGUUGGUUGACCUCACGGUCGAGGAGAGUUCAAGAUUAAAGGUUAUUUACGGUAGCGCUGACGGAUUUCACGCGGUCGAUUUGGAUUCCGCCACGGUUUACGAUAUAUAUCUGCCGAAACAUACCCAGGGUCCCAUUUGUCCGCACUGUAUAGUAGCGUUGCCGAACAGUAAUGGCAUGCAGUUGCUACUCUGCUACGAUAACGAGGGCGUAUACGUAAAUACUUACGGCAGAGUGUCAAAGACGAUGGUUCUUCAGUGGGGCGAGAUGCCUACGAGCGUCGCGUACAUCGGUACGGGACAAAUUAUGGGCUGGGGCAACAAGGCGAUCGAGAUUAGGAGUGUGGAGAGCGGUCAUCUCGACGGUGUUUUCAUGCACAAGAAGGCUCAACGGCUCAAGUUCCUCUGUGAACGUAACGAUAAGGUAUUCUUCUCGUCGGCGAAGGGUGGUAGUUCGUGCCAGAUCUAUUUCAUGACUCUCAACAAACCCGGCAUGGCCAACUGGUGAUCCCGAAUGAGGCCGAAUCUGGCCCCAAGAUUAUCCUUACGAUUACCCCCGCCACACAAUCCCCCGCGUGUAUCGGGAUAUUCAGCAUCGGCGCGCACACUCGCUCGCCCUUCACUGCCAGGACCCAGCGCCUUGGAGACCAGGAAGUGCGUACACCGUAUCCAGCAUUCUUAUCAGCAUCAUCAACAAGUACAGCAUUAUCAGCGUCAACGUUAUCGUUACCAUCCUCAGCAUUAUCCACGUAAUCUUUCGUACAGCUACAAUUACGACUACGAAGAAGAUGAAGAGUAUGACGACAGGUUCCCACGAUGCGCUCGGUUGCCCCUGCGAAGCACACCGGGGACGUUGACAUUCGUCAAUCUGCUCGUCAAGAGAUUCCUCUGUUUUUUCACUUGCUCGCCCUGCGGACUGCGUAGCGCGGCUUAGACAUGCGGCGCCGAGACGCAGUGCGAGAAUUCUCCCCCUCCAUUCCCUUCAGAAAAUAAGAGCGCACGAUAAAUUAUUGCAUGCUGGUAAAUCGUGUCAAUAAUAUUCUAUGUAUCUGUCUGUUUUUUUCCCUCAAUACAAAUUUAUCGCUUUAAUCACUACGAUAAGUCUGUACUUGUUUCGCGUUGGCACAUGUAUACGUAAAAAUACCUUAAUUCUCAAGGAAUAAUCUUCAAUAUUAAAAAAAAAACGAGAUAAAGUGUGUUUUACCGUGUCUGAUGAAUAGUUAGUAAUUAAGAGUGUUUUAUACGGAAGAUGAUUUAGAAUAACGUAAUAGAGUAUGAACUUGAUUUGUGCUGAUCUUUCUAUAAGAAAAAAAGAAAAAUGUGAGUAAAUAGCUGUAAGAACAGGUGUUGACGAAUUACCAGCUUGCAUAGCCGAUCGGUUGUGCCGUGCAACUGUUUUUGUAAGGAACCUCGUGCAAUAUCGGCGGAUCGGUCUGUACAGAAAAGGAGACCCUAUUCUAAGAGACUUUUUCCUUACUUAAAUCAAGGAUAGACUCCGAUAAUCGAAUUUCGAGUGUCGUAUAAAGAAUCGGAGAUCUCGAGGAAUAAAAAGAAAAA